GGGGGGGUCAGAGGAGAAAACAACAGCUCAGGUCUCCACCAAACAACGCUGGAGCAAAGCUGGGGCGAUGGAGAAAAAAGUGGCCAGAGAAUUCAGGCACAAGGUUGACUUGUUGAUUGAUAAUGAAGCGGAAAAGGACUACUUGUAUGAUGUGCUACGCAUGUACCAUCAGUCGAUGGAUCUCCCUGUUCUUGUCGGAGACCUGAAGCUGGUGAUAAAUGAGCCAGUUCGUCUGACGCUGUUUGAAGCCAUCCGGCCCCUCAUCCCACUAAAACACCAAGUGGAGUAUGAUCAACUCACUCCAAAACGCUCCAGGAAACUGAAAGAGGUACGUUUGGACCGAACAUCCCCCGAGGGACUUGGCCUGAGUGUUCGUGGGGGACUGGAGUUUAACUGUGGCCUGUAUAUCUCUCAGAUAAUGAAAGGAGGUCAGGCCGACAAUGUGGAUCUCCAGGUUGGGGAUGAGAUUGUCCGAAUUAAUGGCUAUUCAAUCCUGUCCUGUACCCACGAGGAGGUGAUUAACCUUAUCCGCACUAAGAAGACCGUCUCUCUGAAAGUCAGACAUGUUGGAAUGAUUCCUGUCAAAAGUUCUCCUGAAGAAUCUCUGAAAUGGCAAUUUGUGGACCAGUUUGUUUCAGAUAGUGGGGACGGGAAAAGCAGUGUAGCCGGACUGACCUCUUUAGGAGGCAGGGAAAUCAAGGAGAAGAAGGUCUUUGUCAGUUUGAUUGGUACCAAGGGCAUGGGCUGCAGCAUCUCCAGUGGCCCCAUCCAGAAACCAGGCAUCUUCAUAAGCAACGUCAAACCAGGGUCUUUGUCUGCAGAGGUCGGCUUGGAGAUUGGAGAUCAAAUUGUAGAAGUGAAUGGAAUGGAUUUUGGAAAUAUGGAUCACAAGGAGGCUGUCCGAGUGCUGAAGAGCAGCCGGACUCUGACGAUUAUUGUGCUCACUGGCGCUGGGAAAGAGUUGUUCCAGACAGAAGACGAGCGUCGUGCUGAGCGGUACCGUCAGGAGCAGGAAAGACAGGAACUCAUGCAUCAGAAAAAGUUAGCGAUGGAGACCAACAAGAUAUUGAAAGAACAACAGGAGAAGGAGCGAAUGAGGAAGUUAGAGAUUUCACAAAAGACGAAUGAAGAACAAGAGAGAUUUCACCAGGAAAUGGAACAGAUUAAAGCGGAGGAGGAGAAAUUUAAGAAGGAGUGGGAAGAAGAUUGGGGGCAGCAAGACCAGCCCAAGAGUUCAUUCGCUGUUAUGGCUGAUGUUCAUCAACCUCCACCAUCAAAAAAUAGAAAACACAAAGCGAAAGCUGACACCCAGCAGGGGAUUGGACCUGGCACGGAGCAGGAGGAGCAGCAGGGCUUCCAGAAAUAUGUGGAGGAUUUUGAUCCUUAUUCCAUGUUCACCUCAGACCAGAUUGCUGGAAGAGAUGUACGCCUCUUGAGAAUUAAAAAGGAGGGCCCGCUGGACCUCGCAGUGGAAGGAGGUGUUCAGUCUCCAAUUGGGAAGGUGGUGGUGUCUGGGAUCUACGAAGGUGGUGCAGCAGACAAGCAUGGUGGAAUAGUGAAAGGAGAUCAGAUAAUGGCUGUCAAUGGGAAAAUCUUGACAGACGCCACCCUGCCUAAAGCCCAGGCUUCACUAACAAAGGCUUGGAACAGUGGUGGGGACUGGAUCGACCUUGUUAUUGCUGUGUCCCCACCAAAGGAAUAUGAAGAUGAAGUGACAUUCUUUUGAUGAUGAAGAUAUCCAUCCACAUAACGCUCCCACUCGCUCACUGGAUCCCACUGUGUUUUCGUACAAGCCAGAGUUUUAAUAGAAACAAGCAGUGAUGCAGGAAUCAGAUUUACUUUGAUUGCUGCCUCUGAGUUAGAGUAAAGGUGACAAUGUUGGCAGAUGUUGAUUGACAAACCUGCACAAAUCCAGAAUCAAAAUCAACACAUUUGUGUAUUUUUUAAGUCCAAUAACAGCAUUUGGUUGAAACUUUUGAUUUUAUGUGUCAAAUUAGCUUAAUUAAAAGCAAACACGUAACAGUCCACACUGACAGGCCUCACUUCAGGAAUCAUUCCCCUUGCUCCUUCCAAAUUAACCUUUUCUCCUAAUCAUUGCAGGAGCUCAAACGUCAAGAAGACUAGGCUUUUGAGAAUAGAUUUACUCAUGUUUAUCAGUCCCCAUCACAUUAUAACAAUUUACUGUAUCAUCGUAAAAGUCCUCUUUAACACUGCUCUCAUUGUGCUGUUUGAUUGAUUUAUACACCAAUAAGUUAGUUGAACAUAUGUGUACAGGACUUGUUGAAGUGAUCUGCGCACACUAAGCUCUUGUGAUUCUGUCCCUCGCCAGAGCAGUAGCAGCCUGUGUGCACAACAACCUAGAGUGUUGCUGUCUGAUGCUCUGUGCCAGCAUUAUGAAGCUGCAGCUGUACUUGACCAAGGGAAGGGAACUGGGCACUUUCAACAAUAUUUUCAGGAUUAGCCUGAUGGAAGUUGCAAAACUACUGUCAGCUUUAACAAAGUGAGAAUAAUUUCACAAAUUACACUGAAGAGUUAGCUGAUGAAAUAAUUAACUCUUGCACUUGCAUAGCUUAAGCCUUAUAACAUCGCAAAGCGACUUACAGAGAACUGCUGUCAAAUGUAGUUGCUGGGCUUUGCAGGGUGGAAUGCAGCACUGAUUGCCAUUUCUGAAAAUAGAUAUCACAGAACAUAACAGUACAGAAACGGGCCGUUCAGCCCAUCGAGUCUGGUGCUUUUCCCUCUGAAGAUGCCAUUCAUUCUGAAUUCACAGAAAUCGUUUUGGGUUCAGCAUGUGACCCUUUCCUGCAGAAUUGCCACUCACUGCAACUAUAUGCCUUGACUGAAAAAUCGCAAUAGGUUCAUCUAAUAUCCCCUUUGUCAUCAUGCUCUGCCUGUGAGACAUAAGAGAACAGCACGGAUAUGUUUCUGAUUAGUUUCAAACCGACACCACAACCAGAUAGUAGUUUUCCACCAAACAUAUUAAUGUACAAAUUGUAAAUUGUUUAAAAUCUUUUGGUCAUGACAAUUUUCAGAAUAAACCCCAGUUGGUAAACUGCUGAAAUCAAG